GCCUUUAACGCGCGCUUUUUGCGCACAGCACCUUUUAGUGAUUCAAGCUACAUGCUAAAGUAGCGCCGACGUUGGCCUCGCAGACUGCUGGUCCACAAAAGACGGGGGCUAUCGCCACGGUUAGCUGGUCAAAACCUACGCUUUAGGCAUCCAAAGAGGAGCUGCCAGUGGCCUGCAACAGCGUAGUUUUAAACAUCAAACUUUACUAUGGGAAAAAAGUCUCGUGAAGAGGAAUCCUCAUCCUCUGAUGAGGAGGAAUAUGUUGUGGAAAAGGUGCUGGACAGGAGGGUGGUGAAAGGCAGGGUUGAGUUCUUCCUUAAGUGGAAAGGAUAUUCAGAUAAGCACAACACGUGGGAGCCAGAGAAGAAUCUGGACUGCCCUGAGCUUAUUUCAGAAUUCAUGAAGACCUACAAGAAAGGUGGUGGGAGCACCACACCAAGCAGUGGGGCCAGCAAAUCAAGCUCAGGCCCCUUGGGACGCUCCAAAGACUCCGGUAGCUCCAAGAAGAGAAGCUCAGAUGAUGACGAAGAGGGCGGAAGUAAGCCCAAAAAGAAAAAGGAGGAUGAAAUCCUAGUUGCACGUGGCUUUGAGAGAGGACUGGAGCCAGAGAAGAUCAUUGGAGCAACUGACUCAUGUGGAGACCUAAUGUUUCUUAUGAAGUGGAAAGAUUCUGAUGAGGCUGAUCUCGUGCUUGCCAAGGAGGCUAAUCAUAAGUGCCCACAGAUUGUCAUAGCCUUCUAUGAGGAACGUCUCACCUGGCACGAAGAUAGUGACAAGAAGGAGAAGGACGCUGUCAGUGCGUGAGUGCAUCACUGCAGGAGGAAACAGGACCUCCUCCACUGCAGGGACAACCUUGAGUCGGACAUUUUUCACACCCAAAACUCCCAUCCCUCACCUUUACCAUGUCCAAUAAUGACACAAAGACAGCAAACACGGCUGUGUUACCUCCAUCCAUGCCCCAUUGGAGCACAAAGGCCCAGACUGCUGAGGAGGAUCCAUCAGACGGGAGGAGAAGCUGUAAUUGACAUGGGUGAAAAUGCUACUGGGGAGAGUUUCUACUGUUCUAUCUUUGUAUUCUUUACCUUCUUUUUAAUAUCUUAACACAUGUUUUAGUGCUUACAGGAUACGGUUAUGUUAGUAUGGUGUUCCUACAGAGAUGGCCAUCUGCUCCCCAAACAUAGUUUUGAAAACUAGAGCUGGUACAAGCUGUGCAGUGAACUUCUUUCACGGUGAGUGCACAACUCCCAUCUUACGUUCAUUGCACUUUUUUUCUUUAAGAGCUUAUUGAGGACGAGACCAUAAUUUUGAUGUUCAGGAAGCGACCACCGCAGUGGCUUCCUGACUGCAUAAUCAGUUCCUUUUUUUUAAAAAGAAAAAAAACUUUUUAUCUCUUGUAGAUUUUUCAGUUUGUCCUGUCUGCAGGGUUAUACCUUCUCAAUUUGAAGAAUUGCAGAGGACAAAAGCCAAAUAUGUCUUCAAAUGUAGUGACUUCCUUGUUCAUUCUUUUUAGUAGUAGUUUGUUUUUCUCUUCUUAUUUCCAAGUUUCAAUGUAUGAAUGUUGUGUGAUGCGUCUUUAGUUUUUUUUGUUUGUUUUGUUUCUUCACACUAUCACCAGUUUAAGGAAAGGAUAAAAAAAAAUAUUCUGCUCUGCUUGGAUCUAUCAUUUUAACUGCAAUGUUAUUUUUGUACGAGUAUAAUUUUCACAGGUUAGACAAUCCACAUGAAAUGAAACCAGCAUUCACACCAGUCAUUAGGGUUCUGCCAUCUUGUGGCUAAAAGAUGUAAACCAUGACUCUGACCAAUCUCAAUGGAGACAGCCCUGCAUUUUUAAUUGUUGUUGAUCUUGUUAGUUAGUAAUACUUUGAUAUAUAUAUAUUUUUUAAAUGACAUUAAGCAGUAAAAUCCGCUCACCAGAGUGUUCACUAUUGAAAUCAUGGUAUUAUUAACUGUAAAAAUUAAAACCAGCUUAUAAUUGGAUUAUUCCUCCUAGGUUCCAUUGUGAUGAGAAACACGGUUGUUCUUGGCUUUAAUCUUUGAAAUUUGUCUGUGACCUGGAAAGCGUGUAGUCAGUUCUUAUACAGAAGAUGGAUGCUGGUUUUGUAGGUUGAGCUGUUGAGCUCCAGCAUGAACUCUUAGGACCAAAUGUUUGGUGUCUACAGACUAAGAUCUGCUCUGUUUUUCUGAAGUUUUCAGCUUUAUUCGGCAUUGUGAAUGAUGGCUAUGAUCUCCCCUUUCAUAUACACACAGUACAUAAAUCAUGUCCCUUGUUAUCACUUAGAUUAUCGUUUUGGUGUCAUUUUCUUUCAUUCAAAAUAUUUUGUCCCCAAUUUUUGCCAGUGCAGGAUUUUUAAAAAGUAGACUAUUUCUUGUGUGACUGCAAUGUUACAAAUAUGUGUACAGUAGCACCCUUUAAUAAACAUUUUCAAUGUUGA